AUGUGGCCUAGUCCGGGGAGCAACAAGUCAAUAAUGCCAGACGAAAGUGCGGCUCAAAUGCUCCUUGCAGCACUCCCCGCUGACGGGCGACCGCUCGUCGAGCUGGUAUUGGUCAGCACCGUGUUAAUAGUGCUGAUAUUAGCCUGCGUCAUAGGUAAUUUAUUCGUGAUCCUCGCGAUUAUGAUGGAGCGUGACCUGCGAGGGCGACCCCAGUAUUAUCUCAUCUUUUCGCUGGCUGUUGCUGAUCUAAUUGUCGGCAUCAUCGUGACCCCAUUGGGCGCCUGGUUUACCGUAACCGGCGAAUGGCGCCUCGGCGUGACGAUCUGCGACUUCUGGAUCUCAGUCGACGUCCUCGUCUGCACCGCCAGUAUCCUACACCUGGUCGCUAUCGCGCUAGACCGCUAUUGGUCUGUGACUGACAUCUGCUACGUGCAAAACCGGACGCCCCGCCGGAUAUUUAGCAUGUUGGGCGCCAUUUGGACGCUCUCGUUGUUGAUCAGUUUGGCGCCAAUUGCCGGCUGGAAAGACGAGGGUUUUGAGGAUCGCGUGGAGAAGCAGCAUGUUUGCCUGAUUUCACAGCAGAUUAGCUAUCAAGUUUUUUCUACCGCUACCGCAUUCUACAUUCCAUUAUGUGCGAUUAUAUGUGUCUAUUGGAAAAUAAUGCGCGCUGCGAAGCGGAGAUUUAAACGUGAAAGAGAUAGGCGUACGAUUAAUAAGCCGCUGGGCAACCAUAUGGAUGAGAAGAACGCGCCCUUGAUUUUAAAGAAAAAUAAAAAGUUACCCUUACCCCCGGCAGUUCUGAUUAAAGAUGAGAAUGGGAUGCCAAAGAAUGGAAAACACAAGGCGUGUGCUGAAAACAGCAGUGGAUCGACAAUGUCAGAAGAAGAAAGAACGGCCACUCAACAAGUCGAUAGCAAAGAGCUGGAGACGAAGCUGGACAGCGUUGUCACAGUGUCAGCUAAUGGGGCCCCACGGAGUGGCGUACGGACGAGUAGUGGUGGUGCAAACUCGUUGCAAGGGAUUAUUGCAAAGCGGAAGAAGCGGCCGAAGGAGAGCGCGGAGACGAAAAGGGAGCGAAAAGCUUGGAGAACGUUGGGAAUUAUUACAGGCACCUUCGUCGCCUGCUGGACCCCAUUUUUUCUCGUCUCACUCUACCGACCAAUCUGCCAAUGCUACGUGCCACCCCUCGUCGAAAGCCUCACGCUUUGGCUUGGGUACCUUAACUCCGCCCUAAACCCAAUAAUCUACACCGUCUUCUCCCAAGACUUCCGCGCAGCCUUCAAGCGGAUCCUCAAAAAGAUGUGCUUCAUUCGUGAUUAC